CAACCUGUUCUCCGUCGCCCCGGGUCGCGGCGCUGUUUGCGCGCAGCUGGUCUACUUCCCGACGUGCUCUCUACCCUCUGUUAUGAAAGCACACGCGCUGUACAUUCCCCAUGCUGGUAUAUGAAAACAGUGCAGCAAAAGCAGAUGGAGUUAAAUUUCUUCCUGACGAUACUUGUCGCAAUUUUCCGCCCCAGCGAAGGCUAUGCCAUCAUUAACUCGGUUUCGUGGGCUGUCACCAACGAUGUCGACGGAGAACUCGAGUCCACAUCAAACGAGGAGUCUGCUCCGGCUCUCCUAGCAGACACUAGCAGUAUUUGGAAGCAGGCUUUCCCGGCCUCUGUUCACAGCGACAAUGCGGAAAAGCGACCAGGGCCGAUGGUGGAAACCGAAGACCUGAAGCAGGCAUCGUCCCCGUCCAGGAUGUUCUCCUAUCGGAUGGAAACGGUGAAGCCGACCGCUGGCGUACCCCCUCCGCCUCCGCACGAGGAAACGGCGAGGACGGCUCGGUACAUGGCUCACUACAGCGACUGGGGCUUCCUCGCUACUAUUUCUACACAGGACAAGAUUAAAGGUGUUCCGUUUGGGAAUAUCUUCUCAGUUAGUGACGGCCCGCUGGACAAUAGCACGGGAAUUCCCUACUUCUAUGUCACUCCAAUGGACAACACUGUGACAGAUCUGAGGAGCAACCCUUCCGCCUCUCUAACUUUCUCUGAGGCAGAGGGAGACUUUUGUAGGAAGAAUGUCUAUGAUCCAGAAGACCCCAGAUGUGCCAGACUCACCUUGACAGGGCAGAUGGUGGAGGUGGGGCCAGAGGAAGUGGAUUUUGCCAAGGAAGCCAUGUUCUCCAGGCACCCAGUGAUGAAGAAAUGGCCAGUGGGACACAAGUGGUUCUUCAUGAAGCUGAGUCUGGAGCAGGUGUGGCUGCAGGACUGGGUGGGCGGGGUGUCAUUGGUGCCCCUGGACGAAUACUUCAGAGCCACGCCCUUCUGAGCAUCGGACCAUGUCUUCUCUAGGCUCUUGUGAAACGAAAUCAGAACAACACUGCUCUGAACAGCAGACAGGCUCCAUCCAACCCGACGUCAUCUGUGGCAGGACCACAGCUACACGUGUGACACACGCACACGCACACAUUACGUGGAACAGCAGUUCUAAUUCUGUGAAAGUCACUUUUAUCACUUUUUAUCUUUUACAACAAUAUUGUCUGAACAAUUAGCUAAAAGUAAUUGUGCCUGAAAGAGAGAGGGAAGUAAACAAUACCAAAUUAAGAGUAUAAUUAAAUAUCUAAUAUUGUUUCCCUACUGUAUUAUUUCUACAGCUAAUAACAAACUAGCCAGGGCUGUACAUACAAAUAUUAGUGUUUUCUGUUGGCUGCUAAUUACCCAAGCAUGUAGUCCUUUCCAACUAAGUGUGUGUAGGUGGACCUAUUCAAUAAAACAGCGAGUAGCUCCUGAAGCCAAUCAGCAGAAAGAAAAAGCUACAUCAUGUGACUCUGAAUGGCCUAUCCCUUUCACAGAAACAGUAAAUUCUGCAAAACUAUGGGCAAGGCAGGCUGUCUUACCUGUUGAGAGAUGAGAACCAUUUCUAUAUUGCAGGUACUAACUUUUUUCCUUAACAAACAGUACCCUAGAACUGGAAACAGUGGAAAUGCUCACUGAUUUAUACUCUCAUGUAAGCUCUAACAGUAUGGCUACGUCUAUGGGUGUGUUUUCAUCAUGAAGCCUUGUUUGAACUAAUAGAAAAAAGCAAACUCAGAGAUUGCAGACCUUCACCCCUUUGACCCAUCUAGUGUAAAAUGUGGUUACUGCACCCUUUUGACAUGCACAGGAGAGAAAUUGACAGACAGAAAGACAGGGAUACGUACAGUACAGAGCAAAGAGCAAUAUCCUCAGGGCCUUGGGAGGGAAAUAGUCAUUAAUUAUUGAUAGUAUAUGACUUAUUCUGUUUUACAACAGACUGAAAAUGGAUAGUAAGAGGUGAAGAAACCAUAAAAAUUAGUGAACAGGUUCUAAGUGCUAAUACUAA